CGCGCGGCCAAAUGUAAGAAUUGCAUAGCAAAUUUACUUAUGCUACCGGCCGCACCUCCCCUAAACUGGCCGAAGACGGAAGAACGGUGGUCUCGGAUUCAUAUCGACUUCGCAGGACCCGUAACCGGGAAGAUGGUCCUAGUUGUAGUGGCCGCGCACUCCAAAUGGACCGAAGCGAUUCCUAUGAAGCAUGCAAAUGUGGAAAGCACAAUAAGGGCUCUGAGGAGCAUAUUUGCCCGUUUUGGUGUGCCACGUACAAUAGUAUCGGACAACGGCACACAGUUCACGAGUAAGGAAUUUGCCACAUUUACAGCAGAAAACAUCGCGCAUCUGUGUGCGGCACCUUUUCAUCCACAGUCAAACGGAGCUGCUAAAAGGGCAGUGCGAACGAUAAAUGAGUGUAUUCAGAAAAUAAAGGGAGGCGAUCUCGACGAGAAAUUGGUACGGCUACUGUUCAAUUAUAGACGAACACCUCUGAAGACUGGAAAAUCGCCUUCAGAGAUGCUCCUCGGGUAUCAAAUAAGAUCGCGUCUAGACACCUGCUUCCCUGUUACUGUUGCAGGUCCAACUGAGGGGAGCCACGACUGGACACUGCCGCCAGACAGCAGGGUGUACGUCCGCAAUUACGGACAGGGAGAGAAGUGGAUCCCUGGUCGUGUCAAAUCGGCGACCAGAGCACGAAUGGUAACCGUAGAGACUCCAACUGCCAUUGUCAAGCGCCACGUCGAUCACGUGCGCCGCCGCUCAGAUUCAUCACCAAGGUUUCCGGACACCGAUAGGACUGCUCGUGGUCCAGGGUCCAACCAGACGCCAGGUCCCAGCACGGCCACCAAUGCAACCACUUCCUUGGAAGCGGCCGCCCCAGUUAAUCCUCCAGAUACAGCCCAAAUUGUGGACGACUGCAGCAUUCGACCUCACACCCCUCCUCUCCCAACUACCUUGAGUCCGGCCGAAGCUUCGCAGCAAGUUCUGCGCCGGUCAACGAGGCAGCGCAAGCCAGUGCAACGGUUCCAUUUUUGAGGAGAGGGCGGUGUUGUGUCUUCGUCAUGCUAGUUCUGCGCAUGCGCAUCCGUUCCUUCUUUUUGCUCCCACUUCCCUUCCCACUCCAGGGGAUAAAAGCUGUCACACGCACCUAAAUAAAUGUCUUCUAUGUUCGA